CCACGAUCAGCCACAACAGUAUCUCCACUGCAAAUCCAACAUGAAGGUAAUCAUUUUCCUGGCUCUGGCUUUUGUCCUGGCUUGUGUGGUUCAGGCUCAGCCUGUUGCCGACAAGUCCCAGAAGGAGGUCUUGGAGGUCCAUACCCUGGAGGAGGAUCUGCCGGAGAAUGCUGAUGUGCAGGAGCACAGUCGCCAAAAAAGAGCCACCUGUGAUCUGCUCUCCAAGUGGAACUGGAACCACACCGCCUGCGCCGCCCACUGCCUUGCUCGGAAGUACAAGGGGGGAUACUGCAACGACAAGGCUGUCUGCGUAUGCCGCCACUGAUUUCGAUAAGGAGUUGAUAUUAUUUAACUUUUAAUUUAUUGAGCAAAUAUAUAUUGCGUGUUACAAACAAA